CCGCAGCAGCAGCAGCAGCAGCAAUAGCAAUAUGGCUGUUGAUGGGUGUUUGGGGUGGCGCUGGCGGCGGGAGGAGCUCCCCGGAGCCCCUGCGCCUCCUGCCCAUUGCUAGUUAUGGCAAAUGGUGGCGGCGGCGGCGGCGGCGGCGGCGGCGGCGGAGGCGGCAGCAGUCUUAGAAUGAGUAGCAAUAUCCACGCGAACCAUCUCAGCCUAGACGCGUCCUCCUCCUCUUCUUCUUCUUCUUCCUCCUCCUCCUCGUCCUCUUCCUCGGUCCACGAGCCCAAGAUGGAUGCGCUUAUCAUCCCGGUGACCAUGGAGGUGCCGUGCGACAGCCGCGGCCAGCGCAUGUGGUGGGCUUUCCUGGCCUCCUCCAUGGUGACUUUUUUCGGGGGCCUUUUCAUCAUCUUGCUCUGGCGGACGCUCAAGUACCUGUGGACCGUCUGCUGCCACUGCGGGGGCAAGAGCAAGGAGGCCCAGAAGAUUAACAAUGGAGCUACUCAGGCAGAUGGCACCCUCAAACCAGUGGAUGAAAAAGAGGAGGCGGUGGCAGCAGAAGUUGGCUGGAUGACCUCUGUGAAAGACUGGGCGGGAGUGAUGAUAUCUGCCCAGACAUUAACUGGCAGAGUCCUGGUCGUCUUAGUCUUUGCUCUUAGCAUUGGGGCCCUUGUCAUAUACUUCAUAGAUUCGUCAAACCCAAUAGAAUCCUGUCAGAAUUUCUACAAAGAUUUCACAUUACAGAUCGACAUGGCUUUCAACGUGUUCUUCCUUCUCUACUUUGGCCUGCGGUUUAUUGCAGCCAACGAUAAGCUGUGGUUUUGGCUGGAAGUGAAUUCAGUAGUAGAUUUCUUCACAGUCCCUCCAGUGUUUGUGUCAGUGUAUUUAAACAGAAGUUGGCUUGGUUUGAGGUUUCUGAGAGCUCUCAGGCUGAUACAGUUUUCAGAAAUAUUGCAGUUUCUGAAUAUCCUUAAAACAAGUAAUUCUAUCAAGCUGGUGAAUCUGCUCUCCAUAUUUAUCAGCACAUGGCUGACAGCAGCUGGGUUCAUACAUUUGGUGGAGAACUCAGGGGAUCCAUGGGAAAAUUUCCAAAAUAACCAACCUCUAACAUACUGGGAAUGUGUCUAUUUACUAAUGGUUACAAUGUCCACUGUCGGUUAUGGGGAUGUUUAUGCAAAAACCACCCUUGGCCGCCUCUUCAUGGUCUUCUUCAUCCUCGGGGGACUGGCCAUGUUUGCAAGCUACGUCCCUGAAAUCAUAGAGUUAAUAGGAAACCGCAAGAAAUACGGUGGUUCCUAUAGUGCGGUUAGUGGAAGAAAGCAUAUCGUUGUCUGUGGGCACAUCACUCUGGAGAGCGUGUCCAACUUCCUGAAGGACUUUCUGCACAAAGACCGGGAUGACGUCAACGUGGAGAUUGUCUUUCUUCACAAUAUUUCCCCAAACUUGGAGCUUGAAGCUCUCUUCAAACGUCACUUUACUCAGGUGGAAUUUUAUCAGGGUUCAGUCCUCAAUCCACAUGACCUGGCAAGAGUCAAGAUAGAGUCAGCAGAUGCGUGCCUAAUCCUUGCCAAUAAAUACUGCGCUGACCCGGAUGCUGAAGAUGCCUCCAACAUCAUGAGAGUGAUUUCCAUAAAGAACUACCAUCCAAAGAUCAGAAUUAUCACCCAGAUGCUGCAGUAUCACAACAAGGCCCAUCUGCUAAACAUCCCAAGCUGGAAUUGGAAAGAAGGAGAUGACGCAAUCUGCCUUGCUGAGCUGAAGCUAGGAUUCAUAGCCCAGAGCUGCCUGGCUCAAGGCCUCUCCACGAUGCUCGCCAAUCUCUUCUCCAUGAGGUCAUUCAUAAAGAUUGAGGAAGACACGUGGCAGAAAUACUACUUGGAAGGAGUCUCCAAUGAAAUGUAUACAGAAUAUCUUUCUAGUGCCUUCGUGGGUCUGUCCUUCCCUACAGUUUGUGAACUAUGCUUCGUGAAGCUAAAGCUCUUAAUGAUAGCCAUCGAGUACAAGUCCGCCAACCGAGAGAGCCGAAGCCGAAAGCGCAUAUUAAUUAAUCCUGGAAACCAUCUCAAAAUCCAAGAAGGUACUUUAGGAUUCUUCAUUGCAAGUGAUGCCAAAGAAGUCAAGAGGGCAUUUUUUUACUGCAAAGCCUGUCAUGAUGACAUCACAGAUCCCAAAAGGAUAAAAAAAUGUGGCUGCAAACGGCCCAAGAUGUCCAUCUACAAGAGAAUGAAACUGGCAUGUUGUUUUGAUUGCGGACGUUCUGAGCGUGACUGCUCUUGCAUGUCAGACAAUGUGCAUAGUAACAUGGACACCCUUGAGAGAGCCUUCCCACUUUCUUCUGUCUCUGUUAAUGAUUGCUCCACCAGUUUACAUGCCUUUAAGGAUGAAACCAAAUCACGUUACCCCAAACGCGCAUUUGAGCUCCAGAACGCAACUUCAAAAUCACAUCUUGUGGCCAAGCCAGUUGAAGAUGAACAGCCAUCGACGCUGUCACCCAAAAAAAAACAGCGGAAUGGAGGCAUGAGGAACUCGCCCAACUCCUCACCUAAGCUGAUGAGACACGAUAGCUGCACGACCCCUUUGUUAAUUCCUGGCAAUGAUCAGAUCGACAACAUGGACUCCAACGUGAAAAAGUAUGACUCUACAGGGAUGUUCCACUGGUGUGCAGCCAAGGAGAUCGAAAAAGUCAUUCUGACGAGAAGCGAAGCUGCCAUGACAGUUCUGAGUGGACAUGUGGUGGUUUGCAUCUUUGGUGACGUCACGUCAGCUUUGAUUGGCCUCCGGAACUUGGUGAUGCCUUUGCGUGCGAGCAAUUUUCACUACCAUGAACUGAAGCACAUUGUGUUUGUGGGUUCCAUUGAAUACCUCAAGCGGGAAUGGGAAACACUACAUAACUUUCCCAAAGUUUCAAUAUUGCCUGGUACACCAUUAAGUCGGGCUGAUUUAAGGGCUGUCAACAUCAACCUCUGUGACAUGUGCGUUAUCCUGUCAGCCAAUCAGAAUAAUAUUGAUGAUACUUCGCUGCAGGACAAGGAAUGCAUCCUGGCGUCACUCAACAUCAAAUCUAUGCAGUUUGAUGACAGCAUUGGGGUCUUACAGGCUAAUUCCCAAGGGUUCACACCACCAGGAAUGGACAGGUCAUCCCCAGACAACAGUCCAGUCCACGGGAUGUUACGUCAGCCAUCCAUCACAACUGGGGUUAACAUCCCUAUCAUCACUGAGCUAGCGAAGCCUGGCAAACUUCUGCCUUUGGUUUCAAUCAAUCAGGAAAAAAACAGUGGGACGCACAUUCUCAUGAUAACCGAACUGGUGAAUGAUACUAAUGUUCAGUUUUUGGACCAAGACGAUGAUGAUGACCCAGAUACGGAGCUGUAUCUCACACAGCCAUUUGCAUGUGGGACAGCAUUUGCCGUUAGUGUCCUGGACUCACUCAUGAGUGCGACAUACUUCAAUGACAACAUCCUUACCCUGAUCCGGACGCUGGUCACGGGAGGAGCGACUCCAGAGCUGGAAGCCCUGAUUGCUGAGGAAAAUGCCUUACGAGGUGGCUACAGCACCCCACAGACACUGGCCAACAGGGAUCGAUGUCGGGUCGCACAGCUAGCCCUGCUGGAUGGGCCUUUUGCAGAUUUAGGGGAUGGUGGCUGUUAUGGUGAUCUAUUCUGUAAAGCCCUAAAGACCUACAAUAUGCUCUGCUUUGGAAUUUACCGGCUGAGAGAUGCCCACCUCAGCACACCGAGCCAGUGCACCAAACGAUACGUCAUCACCAACCCUCCGUAUGAGUUUGAGCUGGUGCCCACUGACCUGAUCUUCUGUUUGAUGCAGUUUGACCACAAUGCUGGACAGUCCAGGGCCAGCCUCUCUCACUCUUCUCACUCCUCCCAGUCCUCCAGCAAGAAAAGUUCCUCUGUUCACUCCAUCCCCUCCACGGCAAAUCGGCAGAACCGCCCCAAGUCCAGGGACUCUCGGGACAAACAGAAUGCAACAAGGAUGAAUAGAAUGGGCCAAGCAGAAAAGAAAUGGUUUACAGAUGAAUCGGAUAAUGCCUAUCCCAGAAACAUUCAAAUCAAGCCCAUGAGCACCCACAUGGCUAACCAGAUCAACCAAUAUAAAUCUACAAGCAGCUUGAUUCCACCAAUCAGAGAAGCUGAAGAUGAAUGUUGACUCCCAGGAGACCAGAACUAAUUUUUUUUAAAGCCUGACAAACUUCAUAAAUGGUGAUGUGACUUUUUUUCCUCUUACAUGCCGAAUCACUGGUGGAAAAGUUAGGAUAAGCAAGAAUUAUGAGAGAAAAAAAAUAAAGUAGACAGAUCUCUCUCUCUCUUUUGUCUGCCUUCAAUACUGCUUCCAUGUACUUUGGGGGAAAAAUAUUUCAUUUAUAAAUGAACAUACUAAAAUUAGUCAUGUAUAGCCUCUAGCAUUUAAAAUUAUUUUUAUUUAUUAGAAAAAUAUUUUUUUCAUUUCCUUUUUCUCCAUUGUCAAGUAAAGUCCCUUAAACAAGCCAAAAGCCAAAAUGAGUAAGUGGCCAGACUCCUUAAGAAGCCUGUGUCUCUUUUUCCUCUCUGUCUUUGAGGAGAAUGAUGGUCACCACAGCAAAUGAAUUGUACUUCAGAAAGACAAAUUAUUUAAAAAAAAAAGAGGUCCAACAAUGUACACAUGUAUUUUAGUAAACCAGGAAAAAAGAAAACAAAAUAUAACUUCCUUUAGUUUCUGCUUAAUUUCUGCAGGAUGUAUAUUUUGAUCAGCAUCGACACCAGCUCUUAAUAAAUGGAAACGUAUUUAUUUUCAAAGUGGAAAGUCAUAUUUUUGUAGCUGUAGCUUUCCAUUUGGAUUCCUUUGCCUUCAUUCAUUUAUUUAAAGUGAAGAUUUUCUUAGGUUUCUCUGGACCCACCAGGAACUUUCUCAUUACAGUUGGGCCCUAAGUGAUGUUCAGUGCUAGGAGUUUGUGAACAUUUUUGAAUGUUGCAGAGAUAAGGCAUGUGUGGGCAGACCUUUGAGGAGCACUUCUCAUUGGCUUGUCUGUCUAACAGCUGUAUUCUGCCAGGCCUCACAGGUCACAAUUCCAAUGAGAAUUUGCUAAGUGAAUGAGUUCGAUUUUGGAAGUGCCUCCACUUUUUCUUCUUUCUUUCAUUUUUUUUUUUGGCCAGGUUUGAGAGCUUUUAGCUGGUGUGUGUGUGUGCGUGUGUGUGUAUAAAUGCCAUUGAAUAGCUUCACAUCACAGUAGGAUAUUAUUAACUCACUCAUUUAUUUAAAUGGACUCUUGUUUGGAAGCCAGUUAAUUUCCAUUAACAAGGAGACAAUUUUACCAUGUGUUAUAAUUUCCAGGUUUUCCAUUUGUCACUGGGAUAUCAUGCCCAUAAUUGCUAUGACAAUACAUGCAGAAGAAAAAAAAAUGAAAACAAUGAAUGUAUUUAAUAGAAGAGCUUAGGAGGGUCCUUUGAAAGCUGCCAGCAAUGAAAGCAAAUGUAUCAGCAAUUUCAAAGUGUGGUCAACAGCUUUUUCUAACCAUCAGGCAUAAUUGUAAUGUUUUUGUUUCCUAGCUGCACCACAGUAUGCAUGGUGCACAACCAUCCAAGCAUUUAAUGUUCCAAACAAUUUAGCAAGUCUUUCAACUUCAAAAUUAUCCAUUUUUGAUACAACCAAGCAAGGUCUCUGGAGCAGGAACAGACAAACUAUUGAAUGUUUGUUCUUUAAAAACACACACAUAGAGACAUAAUAACAAACAGCAACACAAAGAACAGCACACAAAACAAAGCAAAAAAAACAACACACACAAACAAACACAAAACACUGGGACCCUGGAGAAAACAAACAAGGACCACCCCAACAGCUCAUGGUAUCUUUUGCAUAAACUUUGGGGGCUUUCCCUUUGCUGUAAAGCUAUUUAAUGCCAAGGGAAUCCUUAGAGUGGCAGUGAUUCAUCUCAACGACAUAACAAUGGGUCUGAUAGGAUUCUCCAUCCUCAUGGAUAUCCACUCAGUACUACAACUCCUAAGCCAAACUCUCCCAGCUUCAAUGUUUGUUGACUGGCUACAGUCCAAAUGUGACUAUCCUGCCACCUAGUAGGCUUUUUCUUGGAGUGAUUCUUGGACUGUGGUUACCUAGUCAUUUACAUUCUGUAGAAUUAGUAAUAUAUUAAAAAAAAAUUGUGAAUAUCAUGUAUGUCCAAUUGGAUUGUUGAAAAAUUACCUAUAAUCACUAUAGAGCCUAUUCCACAGACUAAAAUAAUGUCCACAGUUGUAUCCAGGUCUAACCCAUUUUCAUGAUUAUCAAAAGAAAAGAAAGGGGAAGGGGAAAAAAAACCCAAAAAAGUGGCUAAAACUGACCAUUUCUUUUAAAAAGCAGGCAGCCUUCCACAUCCUGGAUUUGUUUGAAUCAGAGACACCUUAAGUGUGUUACUGUAAUCUAACAUUCCUUCUUCCAUGAAUUGCAGAACACUCUUCCUCCCUGGUCAAACAGACUGGCUUUGGCACCACUACAAUUGCUGGUGUUUACCAUCACCUUGACCAAAUCCAUUUGCUCCUCAUGGGCAAGUUGAGGGUAUAAUCUUCAGCUAUAACAUCUAUCUUAAGGCACAUAGCAGCAGAGCCUCUUCCCCUCCUUUCCUGCCUCCUUCCAUCCACUCCCCAAAAAAUGGAAAUUCUAAAGGUCAUUCCUGCUCCCCUCUUCUUCCAUAUCAGGGGCACAUGAACCUGUCCUUUCUGUUGUACAAAUGAUCAAAGGAAAGUAUUUGGGACAUGAGGCCCAGAUCUCCAAUCAGGUCUCAAGUUGUUAGAAUUCUCAUUUGUCCAUAAGAAUGGGAAGAUGAUUAAUCUGCAGCGUGAUACCUUGCCUUCAUUACUAGACUGCUCUGGGCCACAGCGUAAAGGCAGAAAUUUUCGUAGAAGGGAGAUAGGCCAAGUAUUCAGUGGUCCAAGUUGCUUCAGGAAAUAUGAGAGAAGAGGAUGUUCUUGGACCAGAGAAGCAGCCAGAAGGUACCAACUCCUCCUUCCACUGACUUCUCAGAAGUUGAAAUAGAAUGGAGGAUCUAUGUCUUUGGCAACCUUGUUAGGGUCAGAGUGAGAUUUUGAGACAGCCUAUGAAAAGCCCACAGGCUUGCCAUGAGAGGGUCCUUUCUUCCUUGUUGUCAUGUAUUGGAAUCAUUGCUUCUCAUGUCUCAUCAUCUUCCUUUGAAACCUCCCUUUUCCCUUGCUAUGACCUAACAGGCUAAGGUUUAAGGUCAAAAAAGUCAUUCUCACUGCCCAGUAACCUUGGCUUGAUAGUUCUGACUCAAUAAACGGAUGUUUAUAAGGCAGAGUUAUCACUCUUCUUUCCUGAUCACCCUUCUUUGGAAAACUUGAUAUUUCAACAUUGAUAUGUCAAACAGCUUGAUUCCAAAAACAAACAAAAACCAAUGAUUUCUACAGGUCCAAGAGCAAUUUAAAGGUUUCUUGAAAAGUUACUAAAUUGGAGAUAUAGUUUAAGAAAAGACUUUAUUAAGGGGCAUUAUUUUUUUUAGGGAAUAGCUACCUUCUUUGUAGCAGAAUCCCCAAAAUCCAUGGUGAAAUCUCUCUCUCUGUCUCUCUCUCUGUCUCUCUCUCUGUCUCUCUCUCUGUCUCUCUCUCUCUCUCUCUCUCUC